AGUAUGGCCGGCGAUAUUAGCUAGCACUCGCUCACGGUAUUCUCUGUAAAGGGGAAGACGGCAAAAACAACAAGGCAACUACAUCCGGACUGCUCAAGGACUGUAACUAAGCUAAUAAAUUAUAACUAACCAUAAAGGACUAAUUAAUCGCGAUUCCAUCCGACGUUAUUUUCUGUUGUUGGAGUCUGUCUCACGAUGGAAGAGAACAGUGCACACUUCUUCGAGGGGACCGAGAAGCUGCUGGAGGUGUGGUUCUCCCGACAAGAUGAAACUAAAGGAACCGGGGACCUGCGUACUAUCCCCAGAUUUGAGUGGGACAAACUCCUGGAGAAUGUGCACUGUUUGAUUAUAAGUGUGACUAAGACUGACAGACGGGAAGCUUAUAUACUCAGUGAGAGUAGCAUGUUUGUCUCCAAGAGACGUUUCAUUUUGAAGACAUGCGGAAGCACCCUCUUACUGCAGGCACUGGUGCCCCUGCUGGAACUGGCCCGCGAGUACUGCGGCUUUGAUGCCAUUGAGAAUUUCUUCUACUCACGUAAAAACUUUAUGAAGCCCACCCAUCAAGAGUUCCCUCACCGUAACUUCCAGGAGGAAGUUGACUUCCUCAGCCAGAUUUUUCCAAAUGGAGCAGCCUACUGUAUGGGACGUCUGAAUUCAGACUGCUGGUACUUGUUCACUCUGGAGCUGCCGGAGUACUGGGUGAAUAAGCAGGCGGAUCAGACACUAGAAGUUCUGAUGAGUGAUCUCGACCCAGCUGUGAUGGACCAGUUCUACAUGAAAGACGGUGUUUCUGCUAAUGAUGUCACUCGUAUGAGUGGAAUUCGUGACCUGAUUCCAGGUUCAGUGAUUGAUGCCACAAUGUUCAACCCUUGUGGAUACUCUAUGAAUGGAAUGAAAACAGAUGGAACUUACUGGACGAUCCACAUCACCCCCGAGCCAGAGUUCUCCUAUGUCAGCUUUGAAACCAACCUCUCCCAGACAUCCUAUGAUGAGCUAAUCCGCAAAGUGGUGGAUGUCUUUAAACCAGGGAAAUUUGUGACGACUCUUUUUGUCAAUGAGAGCUCCAAAUGUCGCAGUGUUUUCUCUUCACCUCAGAAGCUCGAGGGUUACCGCCGCCUCGACCGCCAGUUGGCUCACUUCAACGAUUACAGUUUCGUCUUCACCAGUUACAUCAAGAACCGCCAGCAGAAACAACAGAGCUGAACCUCAAGAAUGAAGAAGCGUAAAAAGAAAUCCAGCCACCGCAAGGGACAUCCCAGUGGCCGGCAUAGUCUUGUAGCAGAGAGGCUGUUUCUGUCGUCUGGUUGUAGAUCUUCCCCGAGUUUAACCCUUAUGCAUUCUUGUAACUUUGACGUAGAUAUUGUACAUGAAAGCUCUUGUCAUGUCUCUGUAGAUAUUCUAACCCACUCUUGCUGUGAUCUUGAAGUGCAUGUAGAGUUCUUGAAUGUGGUGGCGUGUGUGAGGCAUGUCACGCCAUCGCUGUGCACGCAGCGCUCCCUUCCCUUCCUGCAGGUGUCCCCUCAUAUCCCCCACAGACAGGGUUUCAGACCUCACUAGGCAAGGACCCUGACUUGCUCAGAUCUGCGUCGUCUACCAUGUGGCUCAUGAACCGAUCCAAAAACAUCCGUUUUCAGUCCGGUUUCUUGUACUUUUUUUGUUUUUGUUUACUUUUUUGUUUUGAUUACGUUCCAUUUCCCUACUUGAAAAUGUUUGAUUUCUGACUUUGGUCAGUUAAAAUGCUCAACUGCGUACAGCUAACUUUGCUUAGACGGUCAAGUUACUAAACUUUCGAAACUUGCUCGCAUCAUCUUUUAGGACUGUUUGAUUUUAAUACGUCUGAAACUAAAAAUGAGAGUUUUUUUUUUUUUUUUUUUUUAAGUUGAGUAAAAGUCUGCAUCUUAUUUUAGGAGCUUUUACAUUUUGGAUUGAUGCAUCUGACACUGGUUAGUUAAAACACAACAUUUGCAUCAAUAUAACACUAAUUAGAUGGUAACUUUUUAAUUACGGCUUAAAUAUGUUUUUUUUUUUUAGCAUACUUUGCCAAACUAAAAAUAUUCAUUCUUAAUCUGAUGUUCACGCACACAUACACAGAAAUGAAAGGGUGAGACAGUAAUACUUGGCACACACCAACCAUGCUCUCACACAACCUUCCAGAUGUUGCCUUUGAGUACUAGAGAAGUGAAUGUGUCGUAAGUUGAGUAGCUUAACUGUCAUGGUCAAUGCUUCUUCUUUGAAGGACUGUAAGAUAUUGGUUUAAUACACCUGAAGUUUCAUUAAAAUGCAAUGCAAUGCUAAUUAUAAGCUCAGCUGUGUGCAGCUAACUAAAUUUUCUAUGCCCGUUUUGAAGAUAUUAUCACUCUGCUGACAGCAAAUUAAAAAUCUUUGAUUUAGACUAUUAGAGAAGUGAAUGUUUCAAACAUUGAGUAACUUAACCGUCGCACCAUGGUGAAAGUCAACUGUUGUCUUUCUUUCUGCUAACUGAAAUGGCCGUUAUUUUGUAAGUUGAAUGUAAGAAUUGCAUGGGGUAGCUGAAAGGUGACAGUUUACAUGGUUUAUGUACAAGAUGUCAUGACUGGUUCUGAAUAAUGUGGCAGGUGUUUAAGAAACCGUUACGUGCGAAAGAGAAGAGACGUUGCGUUCAUUGUGAAGGACCCUGGGACUGUCCAGCACAGAGCCUGCUGAAUUGAAACGGUUGGACAGACACUUUGCUUUCGAGUGCUGAUCGCACAGCAAAGCAUUUUAAUUUUUCGAAACAAAUUGAGUCAGAAGCUGGUGAGCACACAAUAGGCAUGUUGCAAUCCGAGCAUGUCAGGGCUGACCCGGAUCAUUCCACAUCCCACUGCUGCAUAAAGUGCAGUUUUAUUAAUUUUUUGUCCAAUAUGUGAUUCCACCUCUCCAGAUCCUGUUGGUUUUAAGCCCUCUUUGUAUACUGAGGGAAAUUAUGUUUUCAUUUGCUAUUGCAUGUGAAUAGCGUGUAGUAGGCCGUUUACUGUACAGCAUCUCCGCUAGGGCCCUGGGUAAGCUUAACAUGCUCCAUUUCUGUUUGUACAAUGUGGUACAAUGUAACGCACUUAUUAAUUGGUGCUGGGCAUAACGACCGAUGGGUAUGGUAUUUAUUUUUUCAACUCCUAACUGAAAAAAAAAAAAAAUGCAUACCCCUAAAUUUUUUUUUUUUUCUUUUUUCUUUUGGUGAAGUGUUGGAUUCAGAUGUUUUUCAAAUGGGGUUUUAUAUAUACACUUGUGUGUGGAGGGUGUAGACAUUGAUGUUGCGGACCAAGCAUAUACAUAUUUUUCCUUUAUCGGACUCUGUUCUAAAGGUGGGGAGUGACCUUUUCAUAUUAAUUGGAACUUUUUUUUUUUUAAUACUAGUUCUUUCCAGCCUGUGUAGCAAUGUGUAGGUUGGUAAGGAAACUGUUGGAAGGGUUCUGCUGCAGGAUUGUUCACAAGAAGUUGGGAAGGGGAAACUUUGCUGUUCCAAUUCUCUUGCUAUUUCCUUGGUUGGUCAAGAUGUGCUAAAUAUAUCUGUACUAAGAGCUUGAUGCUUCCUUUAAUAAAGUAAAUAACUAUCAA